AUGGGUUGCUGUUUCUCUACCAAAUCAUCAUCGAAGCCAAACAACAACAGAAUUCGUGUAGUUCAUCUGAAUGGCUACGUAGAGGAUUUCGAAUAUCCAAUUUCUGCUAGCGAAGUCACUGGUAAAGCCUCUAAACAAUUUCUAUGCACACCAACUCAACUUUUAUCAACUGGUUCUAACCCAUUAAACCCAAAUACCCAACUUCAUCCUGGCCAAAUAUACUUCUUGCUUCCAUACUCUACAUUAAAAUCUGAUUGUUCCCCUAUGGAUUUUGCCGCUCUGGUAAAGAAACUUUCUUCAAUCGCGAAAGCUAGCCAUAGUAAUAAGUGUUCAACAAGUAGAUCAAUCUUGAACUGUCACGCUACAUGUUCUAAUCGGUUCGAGGAGGCAAAGAGAACGGCUAAUAAGCCAUGGAAGCCAAUUCUUGAUACCAUUAGAGAAAAAUCGUUUAAUCAGAAGAGCGAAUCGGAGGUUUUGAAAGAAAUAUACAUGGAGAUGGAAAGUGAAACAGAGUAG